UUAGCUGCGACUGUAAGCGCGAGAUUUUAAAAUGGCGUCCACUGUGCGGCAAGCAAUAACUUUGAAGGGAUCGUCGGAAAUCGUUGCUGAAUUCUUCCAUUAUGGAAUCAACAGUAUACUUUAUCAACGGGGCAUUUACCCACCAGAGACCUUCACACGUGAACAGCAGUAUGGACUUACACUGCUUGUUACAACAAAUGAAGAUUUGCAGAAGUAUCUCAAAGAAGUGAUUGGACAAGUUAAAGAGUGGCUGAAUGAACUGAUUGUUCAGAAACUGGUGCUUGUUAUCAAACGUGUUGAUAAUAAUGAAGUUCUGGAGCGCUGGCAGUUUGACAUUGAGUGUGACAAGACGGCUGAUUCCACUACGAAGAGAGACAAAACUGAGAAAGAAGUUAAAGAAGAGAUAAAAUCUAUUAUUCGUCAGAUCACUGCAACAGUCACAUUUCUGCCACUUCUGGAAUCUCUUUGUGCCUUUGACAUUUUGGUUUAUACAGACAAAGAUGCCGAAGUACCAUCUGCAUGGGGGGAAUCUGGUCCCCACUUUAUCAUAAAUUCUGAAGAGGUGCGCCUCCGUUCUUUCUCCACCACUAUUCACAAAGUUGAUGCUAUGGUUGCCUUUAGAAAAACAGACUGAAGGAGGACCUUCUUUAAAGUGUUAAAUGACUAAUGUCAGAAGUGAAAAAAUGUGUGCUUGAAAGGAGCACCACUUUGCUGUGACAUCAUGAUCCUGUCAAGGUAAAAGACUAACUGUUAGGUACUUUGGCAUUGACUGGCCUGUUACCUUCUGGUCAAAAUAUUCAACUCAUUUGUUAUAAAGAAAUGCAGAUCGUAGAGCAGAUUUUAAUAAUGCAAAAGUGCAUUUACAGAAGCCUUUAACAAGUAAAUUUGUAUUUAUUUGAGUAGAUUUCUUGCUUUCACAUCUCUUACCGCUAAAGAUCAAAUAAAUUUGCUUUAGUUAUUAUUAUUUAUAAAUAAAAGGUAAUGUGUUGCAAAGUGGAUUUUUGUAUAUUUCUACAAGGAUUUACGUGUAUAUUAAUUAUUACACUAUUUUGCCACAGAUAGUUGCAUUUAAUUUAUUAUUUUACCAUUCUUUUAUUUGCAAAGAUUACUUUAGUCAUCUAUUUUUUUUUCUCUUAUUUACUUUUAAUGCUCGUUUUCAAUCAAUUUACUUGGUAUAUAAACAACAUUAAUGGUUCAAGUUAAAGUCAAACUAGCUCAUGAAAGUCACUAAAACAUCAUUCUGCAUUGCAGUAAAUUGUAUAUACUAAACAAUCACCACUUUUAGUUUAUGUUCAAAGAUGUUCUAUGCUCUUUAUCAGUGUAGGUUAUUUGAAGCUGUGCUCAGGUAGCAGAAAGGAUAAUAAGAAAAAGCUUGUACAUCAAUGACACUUAAGAUUGUAUGAACACAUGUUGUAAUUUUAAACUUAUUAUUGCGCAUUUACUUGUUGGACUCUGUGAUCAGAACAGAACAAAUUGCUGGAAGAAAAAAGAACAAAUUUCUCGAUGAAAACAAAAUUUUCUUGCAGGUUUUCUAUAAAGAUUUCAUUAAAGUAAAUGGAUUUUUCUUUUGUCAUUUGUAUAAGAUGGUAAUAUUAUUAACUUACCAAUUUUGGUAUUUACAGCCUAGCUUAGCCUAGCAUCCUGUCUUACUUUUUAUUUCUUUUGUCAUUCUAUAGUGCUGAACAAUUAGUAUUGGGUAAUUUUACCAUUUUUGCACUAUUUUCUCUGCUGCCUUUUGCUUUGAGUUUUCCAUAUAUUUCAUUGGAAAACCUACUUAUACAGUCACACAUUAUCCCUGAUUGGUGGGUUUUUUAAAAUAAUUUCUUACUGUCCUCAGUGUGUUCAAAUUUAUUAUUGUCGGUUC